AUGUCAUCGAAUUCCGCUGUCCCUACAGCAUCUCUGGUUCAACAGCCGCUUCCUUCUACGUCACAAAUCGUAGAAUCCUCUGGUUCCCGCCAAGUCAACAUGGCAGUUCAAACUGCAUGCACCAUGACACUGUUGGAAACGGUUGUCCUCAAUAUCGUCGACGAUUAUGGCAAUAAACACAAAGCUCGAGUUCUCCUGGAUUCGGCAUCGAUGUCGAACUUCAUAUCGAAACCGCUGGCGAAGAAACUCUACAGUCGCCGAACUUCGGUGGACGUGUCUGUCGCAGGCAUCGGAUCGUCCACGAAGACAAUCAACAGUGCAAUUACUGCAACCAUCGAGUCAGAAGAUCAAGUAUGCUCGAUGAAACUACAAUUUCUGGUCCUGAAGCAGCCCUCAGUCGAGCUGCCAACUAUUCCGAUUGACAUUUCGGCAUGGAAGAUGCCGAAUGUGAUGCUAGCAGAUCCUUUAUUCAAUGUUCCUGGAAGUGUCGAUAUGGUCAUCGGCAGCGAAAGCUACUGGGAACUCCACACGGGUAGGAAGAUAUAUCUUGGCGAAAAUCUUCCUUGGGUAGUCGAAACAUCUUUUGGUUGGGCGGUCACUGGUCCCGCAUCUCGCACGGCUACCUGCAUUCCACGGUUCUGUUUUCUUUCCACGGCAGAUGAUCGACUAGAGGCUACAUUAAGAAAAUUCUGGGAAAUGGAAACAAUUCCAUCAGCUCCGGUUCAUUCCACCGAAGAAAGUCGUUGCGAAGAGCUGUAUGCUGCAACGACAACGCGCGAUUCGUCUGGGAGGUACAUCGUGCGUCUACCGAGAGUUGAAGAUCCUUCAGUCGUCCUUGGCGAAUCAAAAUCAAUCGCUGACAGACGCUUCCUGAGCCUGGAACGUCGACUCGAACGAGAUCCUGCAACCAAGGACUCAUAUCACCGUUUUAUGGAGGAGUAUUUGUUGCUUGGACAUAUGCAGAAGGUGAAAGAGCCUGUAAAUGAUCGUAUACAGCAUUGCUACAUUCCUCAUCACGUCGUAUUCAAGGAAUCCCGCACAUCCACUAAAAUCAGGGUAGUCUUCAACGCAUCAUGCAAGACUUCGUCAGGCUAUUCCUUGAAUGACACGCUGCUUGUUGGGCCUGUGGUUCAACAAGACCUAUAUUCGAUAUACCUAAGGUUCCGGACAAGAAUUGUCGCCAUCGUAGCAGAUGUCGAAAAAAUGUAUCGGCAAGUAUUGCAUCAUUCUGCCGAUUUACCGUUCCUUCGCAUACGGUAUCGUAGGAAUCACACCGAUCCGAUUCUCACCUACGAACUACAGACCGUCACCUACGGAACAGCAAGUGCUCCAUACUUGGCAACGAAGACACUUCAGCAGAUCGCGAAAGAUCACGAGCAUUUAUAUCCGACUGCUGUCGAAGCUGUUAUUGAAGAUUUCUACGUCGACGAUCUACUGUCAGGAGCAUCGAACGUAGAAUCUGCCAUCACCCUGCGAAAAGAAAUCACCACUAUGCUUAACUCCGCUGGAUUCACGCUCAAGAAGUGGGCAUCAAACGUCCAGGUGGUCCUAGAGGAUGUCCCACCGGAAGAUCGAGCCGUUCAGCCUAUCCACGAUUUGCAGAAUGAGCAGACAAUUUCCACACUCGGCCUGCUUUGGGAACCAAUCGCCGAUUCGCUUCGAUUCAAGGUCGAAUUGCCUCUCCCUGCUGCCAUUCUCACCAAGCGAAAAGUGAUGUCAUACAUCGCUCAAAUAUUCGACCCAUUGGGACUGUUGGGUCCAACGACAACCAAAGCGAAGCUUUUCAUGCAACGGUUGUGGACAUUGAAGCGCGAUGGUAUUACUUGUGAAUGGGACUCACCUCUAUCAGAGAAACUUCAAGCCGAGUGGAAGCUCUUCCACACUACUCUUCGCGUUCUCGCCGAUAUCCGUAUUCCUCGGUUGGCGCUGGCUUCUGGAGUCAGCAAUAUUCAGCUGCAUUUCUUUGCCGAUGCUUCGUCAAGUGCCUACGGCACAUGCUGCUACGUUCGCACGGAAUCGCAGAGAGGGAUUACAACAUUGUCCAUCGUUCCCGCUGGUGGUUUGGCCCGCCAUGGUUAUCGCAAACAUCUGAUCAGUGGCCCAAGACCAUAA